AAGUAUGUACUUAUAAGUAAAUUAUCUUAUCUAGCAAUGAGAACUAUUUAAAUGUUUAGUAAUCGAGUAUUCGCAUAUUUACCCGUAGUCGAAUAAUUAUCAGUAUAUUUUUUAUUUAUUGAUUAUAGAAAGUUAGAUAAUAUAAAUCACCCGUUAAAUCGUCACAAUUUUAAAAGGCAAUUGGGCUCCGGAACAUGGCAUUAAAAUCUAUUAUAAUUUUUGUCACUAUCUUGUUAGGAUGUCUGGCUUUGCCGGCUCCCGAAUCGGAUCUGUCGCAGUUCUUCGAGCACGUAGAUGUUCAUGCCCAGGGCCGCAUCGUAGGGGGCAGCGUGGCCUCAGAUGGCUCCCACCCACACAUGGUUGCGUUGUCAAACGGUGAACUCAUCAGGAGUUUAAUUUGCGGAGGCUCCAUACUCACCCAGAGGACCGUCCUCACUGCCGCUCACUGCAUCGCUGCCGUCUACAGAGUUGGAUCUCUUGCCAGAGGUGUUCGUUUAAUAGUGGGUACGAACCGCUGGGCCCGCGGAGGUACAUUAUACAGGGUCACAUCUAACGCGACCCACGAGCACUACGUGCCUGCCACCGUCAAAAACGACUUGGGCGUCUUUUACACUAGCACUCCUAUCGUGUUCAGUGCUACCAUUCGCCCCAUCUUCCUAGACUUCGAGUAUGUCGGCGCUGAUGUCCAGACCAGAGCUGCUGGUUGGGGAAGGACCAGGCAUCAAGGAUCGGUGUCGGCUCAGCUGUUAGAGUUGGACGUGCCCACGAUUUCUGGAACUCAGUGCGUGGAAGACAUGGCUCGUAUAGUAGCCGCCAAUGAUAUGCGCUCGCCCCCGGUGGAGCCCCACAUCGAGCUGUGCACCUUGCAUCCCGUUGGCGCUGGCCGCGGCAUGUGUACCGGUGACUCUGGCAGCGCACUGGUGCGUCUUGACCGCGGCACGCAGAUCGGCAUCGUGUCAUGGGGCGUCCCGUGCGCGCGCGGCGCUCCCGACAUGUUCGUGCGGGUCAGCGCUUACGAAGAUUGGUUCCAGAGAGUAAUCCGAAAUUGAAAAUAAUCAAUACAAAAAAGAACAAAAGAAAACUCAGCAAUAAAGUGUUUUAAGCAUA